GCCCCACCCUGGCCCCGCCCCUUCGCGGUCCCCUCCAUCCCUUCCCCGCUGCAUCGCCGCCCUACAGCCCCAACGCAGUGGCGGCCGCCCGAGACACGUGUGCCCGUGCCCGGCGGGUGUGCGGGGGAGCGCGGCCACGCCUGGCCCGGCCACCAUUUCUCCGGCGCCCACCGGUUCGAGUGCAGAGCCUGAAGCAUGAGCGGGGACUCGGAGCGCGCGGUGGCCCCGGGGGUGGUGCCUGCACCCUGCGCCUCGAAGGUGGAGCUGCGGCUGAGCUGCCGGCACCUGCUGGACCGGGACCCGCUGACCAAGUCCGACCCCAGCGUGGUGCUGCUGCAGCAGGCACAGGGCCAGUGGCUACAGGUGGACAGAACCGAGGUGGUGAAGAGCAGCCUGCAUCCUGUGUUCUCCAAGGUCUUCACUAUCGACUACUACUUCGAGGAGGUGCAGAAGCUACGAUUUGAGGUGUACGACACCCACGGGCCUAGUGGGCUGAGUUGCCAGGAUGAUGACUUCCUAGGUGGCAUGGAGUGUACCUUGGGGCAAAUUGUGGCCCAGAAGAAAAUGACGCGCCCAUUGCUGUUGAGAUUCGGCAGAAAUGCUGGCAAGUCCACUAUCACGGUGAUAGCCGAGGACAUCUCUGGGAACAAUGGCUAUGUGGAGCUCUCCUUCCAGGCCAGGAAACUGGAUGACAAGGAUCUCUUCAGCAAGUCGGACCCCUUCCUAGAGUUGUAUCGGGUCAAUGACGACGGGAGCGAGCAGCUGGUGUACAGGACGGAGGUAGUGAAGAAUAACCUUAACCCGGUGUGGGAGCCCUUCAAGGUGUCCCUGAAUUCACUCUGCAGCUGCGAGGAGACGCGGCCUCUGAAGUGCCUGGUCUGGGACUAUGACUCCCGAGGAAAGCACGACUUCAUUGGCGACUUCACCACCACCUUCGCAGAGAUGCAGAAGGCCUUUGAGGAGGAGCAGGCCCAGUGGGACUGUGUGAAUGCCAAGUACAAACAGAAGAAGCGCAAUUACAAGAAUUCUGGAGUGGUGGUCCUGGCAGACCUGAAGCUCCACAGGGUCCACUCCUUCCUGGAUUACAUCAUGGGUGGCUGCCAGAUCCACUGCACGGUAGCCAUCGACUUCACAGCCUCCAACGGCGACCCAAGGAACAGCUGCUCCCUCCACCACAUCAACCCUUACCAGCCCAACGAGUACCUGAGAGCCCUGGUGGCGGUGGGCGAGGUCUGCCAGGAUUAUGACAGUGACAAACGAUUUUCUGCUUUGGGAUUUGGAGCUCGGAUCCCUCCCAAGUAUGAGGUGUCCCAUGACUUUGCCAUCAAUUUCAACCCUGAGGACGACGAAUGUGAAGGAAUCCAGGGCGUGGUCGAGGCCUACCAGAACUGCCUGCCUAAGGUCCAGCUCUACGGCCCCACCAACGUGGCACCCGUCAUCUCCAAGGUGGCCCGCAUGGCAGCCGCUGAAGAGCGCACAGGGGAGGCCUCUCAAUACUACAUACUGCUGAUCCUCACGGAUGGUGUGGUAACUGACAUGUCAGACACGCGAGAGGCCAUUGUCCGCGCCUCCCACCUGCCCAUGUCCGUCAUCAUCGUUGGGGUGGGCAACGCAGACUUCACUGAUAUGCAGAUCCUAGAUGGGGAUGACGGAGUCCUGCGCUCCCCACGCGGUGAGCCUGCACUCCGCGACAUCGUUCAGUUUGUGCCCUUCCGUGAGCUCAAGAAUGUAAGUGGCUGGGUCCUGGGGGUGCUACCCACUGCUCCAUGCAUGCGUGACUUUCUGUUCAGGACACGGCCCCACCCUGGCUGUGUGCAGCCAAAGAGCAGCCCCUGGGGAUGGCUUUCUAGUCAGUCUUUUUCUCCACCCUGAUUAGUGCCUGAGCAGUGAGCUUCUGAUCCCAAAAUCUAUGACACAGAGAGAGUAGUAGGGGUUCCAUGCACCUGGCACACAGUUCCCCACGCCCACUCCACAGUAAAAACAUCACAUGGGUCUCUCAUACAUGCACAUUGCAAGUUUCCAUGAGGGUUGAUACCUGGCCCCAAUUCACUUGUGCCACUUCCUGUUGUGCUGGGAGAAAUGAAUGGAUGGGGGUCCCAGCACAGACGUCCUAGGCACUUGUGGGCACAAUCAGGUGUUGCUAGAAUACUCUAGGGGCUUGGUGGUAGCAUUUUUCAGUCUGUGUCUUUAGUAGAAUCUCAACUAACUUCCAAGUCACAUGUCCCUUAAGUAGAUUUGAGUCCUGGGUCUGUGACCCAGAAAGGGGGGGUGAGGAUAUAGAAGAACCUCAGAGGUAACCAUACUGUCUCUGAACCCAGGCGUCCCCUGCGGCACUGGCCAAGUGUGUGUUGGCCGAGGUGCCCAAGCAGGUGGUUGAGUACUACAGCCACAAGGAACUGCCUCCGCGCAGCCUUGGCGUCCAAACUGGAGGGGCCGGUCCCAGCUCAGCACCAUG